UCAACACAUUGUUCCGUAACAUAACUGGCCACUCUGCAUCACGUGAUUUGAUGUCAUAGGUCAGAGUGGUAUACCAAGGGCGAAACAUGGCGGCGACGACGACCAAGAAAGUUUUCGAGGUCUUCGUGUCUAAAAUACCCUGGACUAUAGCCAGCAAGGAGAUGAGGGAGUACUUUGGACAGUUUGGCCCAGUGAAGAAGUGCCUUCUACCAUUUGAUAAAGAAACAGGCUUCCACAGAGGCUUCUGCUGGAUCGGAUUCUCAACAGAGGAAGGACUGAACAAUGCACUUCAGAAGGACCCACACAUGCUGGAGGGAGCCAAGCUCCAGGUUCAGAGGAACAGGCGUCCGUUUGCGGGGCAGAAGUCAAACAAAGAUAGUGAAUAUGACUGAAGCUCUGUGGUUCUGCCGUGUGGAUGAGACGGACAGAGAUGCGCUAUAGUCAUUCUCAGGCCCAGAUUCACUAAGACCGCGUUUUCUUCUUCCUGCCUCAGCUGCUUCAUGUGAAACUUUUGCACUUCUGUUUGGGCCAUAACGAACACUUCGAUCAGUACACAGCGAUGGUGUGUAUUACCAGAGAGCGUUCCUCGUACACCGUCGGUGAAUUUGGGCCUGAGCGUUACGGACACUGUCUCAAUGGGUUGUCCAGUAGUAAUGUCUUUAUUUAUUGUCAGUGAUAGUGUUGUACUUCCUGUAACCAUCCUGUCCCACACCAUCUACAGUACAUACUUUAAUGCUAACAUGAAAGGUUUAUGAAACAUUCACACAUUUCCAGUGUAUGGCAAUAAAAACAGUGUUUAAGA